CCGGGCCUGGCGCUGCGCCGGGAGGUCUGGGUCAUCCCUGUCAUUGUCAUCGCCGCCAUGAACGUUCUCGUCAUGUUAGCGUUCGAGGCGUACGUGCUGCUCAAAGUGGCGCGCACGUCGCCCAGCCGGCGCCACGUGUUCUUGGGCCAGGUGCUGCUGGCCGGCCUGCUGCUGGCAUCGCUCAGCGCGCUCACCUACGUGCUGGAGCCGUCGCCGGCCUCCUGCGCCCUGUCGCGCAUCGGCACGGGCCUGGCCUAUACGCUCACGUUCGCAGCCCUGCUCGUCAAGUGCGUCUUCCUCAUCAGCCUGAACGCCGGCGUUUACCUGCCGGCCAACUACCAGGCGCUGCUGCUCUUCUUCGUGGUGCUGACGCAGCUGGUGGUGGAGGCGCAGUGGCUGGCCGCCCACCCUCCCGACGUGUUGGCCGGCGCCUGCGCCGCCUCCUUCCACACGCACCUGCUCACGCUGCUGUACGCGCUCUUCCUGCUGGUGGUGGUGGCCUGCCUGGCCGUGCGCUCGCGCCGCGUCAAGGACAACUACCGCGAGGCGGCGUACAUCUGCGCGGCGGCGGCGCUCAGCGUGCUCGUCUGGUGCACGUGGACGGUAGCCGGCCUAGUGGCGGCGCCGCCCUACCAGGACGCCGCCGUCAGCCUCGGCCUGGCCGUCAACGCCGCGCUCGUCUUCCUCGUCAUGUUCAUGCCCAAGGGCCGCCAGCUGGCCGCCAUGGGCAAGGAGGGCGUGCACCGCGACGACCGGGAGGACCGGCUCAGCCUCAGCUACGCCGACCCCGCGCGGGGCUCGCCCAGCUUCUACCACUUCCGACCCGUCAAGGUGCAGCCUGCUGUUGCAGAUCACAGGAAGAAGGCGCCGCCGCUGCCGCUGCCGUCCUACUACCAGCCGCCCUACCUGAUCCCGCGGUGCUCAGGGUGA